CCACAGGGAGAAGCCAUGAAAGCUAUGGUCUUUUCAGGUAAAAUUUGAGUUCUUCAAGUAGUCUAUUUUAAUGCUAGUGCUUCAGGAAAGACUAUAUCUUGGCUGGAAAUAUAGCUGAACGGUAUAUGUAUAUAGCGAGAUUAAUUCUCAGUAAAGGACUCAGGGAACAAGUUCAUGAGAACACAUAGAACCAGUAGAGGAAGACAACAGAGAAGGACUGAACGAGAUGGGUCCUGCGCCUAAGAGUGGAACUUAUCAUAAACCCAGAGAGAAGGAUCUCACUUAUGAUAGCCGACAUAGAUCAGAAAUAUCAAGAGAAACAGAUGCUGCAUGUGAAAAGUUACCACAGGAGUUUUGAGCACGUAAACUUAAGGUCCUUGAACCAAGAGAUUUCAGCAGCAAGGUGGUAUUUUUACACGGAAGAUCGAGCAAAGGCCAGAUUUUGAUGAGGUUUUGGAUCCAGAAUCAGAAUCUAUAGAGAAAAUUUUGGCAGAGUUUCCCCAACAAACAACAGCAGAAAGGAUCACAAGAACAGGAAGCAAAAGAGUAACCUUUCCCACCGAGACGAGGGACAGCAGCAAGAACACAGUGUGCAGUUGUUGACCAAGAAAAAUCUUGAGAGAAGGCCACUAGAAGCAGGGCAAGAUGGGGAAAGAAGGCUAGAGAAGAAGAAAGCAGCAGAACUUCCUGAAAGCUUAAGCUAGGAAGAAGAAGAGGAGGAAGGGAAUUGGAGCCGAGCAGAGGGGUGGAAUUUAUAGAAGAAGCUGGAUCAAAGGGAAGAAAAAACAAAGAAAGAAAAAGCUGACAAGAAAGAUUUGCUAAAAAAGAACAAAGAAGGGCCGGGCCCUUGGAAUCUUUUGUGUAGUAGUUGAGGGGAUUCUCCAAUUCAUUUGAAGGUCAGAGAUGGGAUUUCAAGCAACAUGCCAAGUGCAGGACUUGGCAAAAAUCUUAUUUCAUCUUCUCUUAGGUUUUCACUUGGGAAAAGUUUUCUACGUUCUCCAGCUUUGCAGCUAAUGAAUUGAUGAUUUCUUUGGACUUAUCUUGGAUUCCACUGAGAUUAAUGCCGCUGCAAGAUGAGCUCGAACAAUGUAGCAUCAGGCUGCAGGUUAGCUCAAUUAUUCCAUCUGCAAGUGCAGAUGGUAUUUUAGACGUGAAUCAAAAUUUGAUGUUCACACAUAUCUAUCUGCUUACCCAAUGAUGCCAGUGACAGGACAAACUAUGUGAGAAACAGAGGAUUAAUGAAAAGAAAGAUGUUCCCAUAGAUUUCAUGGAUCAACACUCCUAAAGACAGGUAAGUUUCUUAACCUUGGCCAUCAUGCAUACUUGGCUGUUCAAUAUAAUAUGUUAUGAAUCCAUCAUACACCAAAGGUAAAAAGACUCGAUGAAGAGCUUGAAGGCCAAGGCUUUGUGAGGACAUGAAGGCAUGUGGAAUAUAAUAGUGGCUUGGAAGAUAUCUCUGUCUGAUCCUUUCUCCCACAUGAAACUACUUGUUUUCCCAUUCAACAUCUACUGCAUAAUUAAAAUUAUUGCAUGCAUUAGUUUAUAUAUAUAUAUAUAUAUAUAUAUAUAUAUAUAUAUAUGCCUCCAAAAAUAUUAUGACCGUCGGAUUAGACCAGGAUUGGUUGAUCUGGUGGACCUGGUCCAUCCAAGAAUAUUUUCAGGAAGCCACAGGAUCCAAUGGCUAGGCUUCAGCCACGUUGAGCUUUGGAUCCCACAACGCCGGCCUUUUGGGUCCCGCGGAGUUGGGCCCGUGGGGCCCAGCUAGAACAUAUAUAAUGCUGGUACUCGCACGAGUCAAGAGAGAGAGAGAGAGAGAGAGAGAGAUGGUGGUGGUGGAGAUGGCGGAGGCGAACACGAACACCUGCUUCCGUGGCUGCUGCAGCAGCUCCUCCAUCCCCCUCCACCUCCCAGCCUCCUCGUUCUCCCUCCUCUCCCCCAUCGCCAAAGGUGCCGAGAGCACCGUCUACGAGGCGAGGCUCCACGAUGGAACCAGGGUCGCCGCCAAGAAACCCGUCCUCUCCACCGCCGACGACAUCGACCGUUUCCACCGCCAACUCCAGCUCCUCUGUAAGCUGGAUCACCCGGGGCUAGCGAAGUUGGUGGCGGCGAACGCCAGGCCGCCCAACUACCUGCUCUUCUUCGAGCACUACGAAUCGAGGAGCGUGGCCGAGAAGUUGCAUGUCGAGGAGUGGAGCCCUAGCGUUGAUCAAGUGAUCGCCAUCGCUUAUGACCUAGCAAAAGCUCUUCAAUACCUACACAGCCUUGGAAUUGUACAUAGAGAUGUUAAACCUGCAAAUAUUCUUCUUGACAGGAACCUUUAUCCACACCUAGCUGAUUUUGGUUUGGCCACAUAUAAAAAGGAUCUUAAACAUGUAUCAGUUGAGAAUUGGAGAUCAACUGGCAAGCCUACCGGUGGAUUUCACAAAAGGAACAUGGUGGGAACUCUCAUCUAUAUGGCGCCAGAAAUUCUAAGGAAGGAUAUUCACACAGAGAAAUCAGAUGUAUACAGUUUUGCAGUAUCUAUCAAUGAGCUUCUUGCUGGAGUUGUUCCUUACACAGAUCUACGAGCAGAAGCCCAGGCCCACACAGUGCUUGAAAUGAGCUACACCGAACAACAACUUACAGCAGCAGUUGUUUCCAGUGGUUUGCGGCCUGCUCUCGCUAACCCUGAAUCUGGUGCUCCGCCAAGUCUAUUAUCUCUUAUUGAAAGGUCUUGGGAUCAAAAUCCUUUGAAUAGGCCUUCUUUUGAUGAUAUAGUCAAGGAAUUGUACUCACUCAUGAAGCAUAGAGACAUAUCUAGUUUACCAUUAUUUACUCCCAAUGAUCAAUGUCAAGACAGCAACGAUGACCUCAAAUAUAUUCAAGAAGAUUUGAAUUGGUUAUCUCGUGGAGAAGAAGUAGCCAAGAAAGCACUUGCUGAAAAAUCAAAUAUUACAUCCUGGUCUAGUUCUGUUCAUGAUUCUCUACAGUACAAGCCAGUUUUGUCUUGGGGAUCAUUUGCAACAUGUGGAAGAAGGGAGAAAAUGGAAGAUGCACAUUUCAUGCUUCCACACCUGUGCAAUGAGAAGGAUGUUCAUGCUUUUGGAAUCUUUGAUGGUCAUCGAGGUGCAGCAGCUGCUGAAUUUUCUUCUAGAGCACUGCCAGGAUUCCUACGGAAUUCUGAUUAUAUAUGCAGUCCUGCAGAUUCACUUAUUGAAGCUUUUCUAAAGACGGACUUAGCAUUCAGGGAUGAGCUAGUGUUGCACUGUAACUCGAGAAGAAUUACUCAGAAAGAUUGGCAUCCUGGUUGCACGGCAGUUACAGCACUAAUAGUGGGGAACAAAAUUUUUGUUGCAAAUGCUGGUGAUUGUCGGGCAAUUAUAAGUCGUUCAGGCAGGCCAUUUCCAAUGAGUAAGGAUCAUGUUGCAAGCUGUCCUGAGGAAAGAAUGCGUGUCAUGGGAGAAGGUGUCGAAGUGAAAUGGCAAGUAGAUACAUGGAGGGUUGGACCAGCUGCACUUCAGGUUACACGAUCAAUUGGUGAUGAUGAUCUAAAGCCUGCAGUAACAGCGAAUCCUGAGAUAAUUGUUACUUGUAUUUCGGCAGAUGAUGACUUCCUGGUGCUGGCUAGUGAUGGACUCUGGGACGUAAUAAGCAACGAGGAGGUGGUGUCCAUCAUUAAAGACACUGUCAAGGAGCCGUCAAUGUGUUCGAAGAGGCUGGCCACCGAAGCUGCUGCACGUGGCAGCAAAGACAACAUCACGGUCAUUGUUGUUUUCCUUCGUCCAGUCUCAACUGCCGAGAGAAUUUAUUAGCGUGCGAGGAGCCAUAUGUUGCGCAUGCGAUUGUGCUUCGUCUUGGUGGCCGAUGAAUGUGGCAGCAAAGAUACCAUCACAGCCAGGAGAAGUCACUAGCUUUGGAGGAGUCAUACCGUACACACGCAAUUGCAAUUCACGUUCUUAGCUGCAUUGUUUUUACUCGAUUCUUUACUAGUUGUAGAUUUCAAUAGAGCCAGACAAGGAGGAAAGUGUCUGAAGGAAAUAGUGAUUGUCUUGACCUUUCUUGAUUCCUUUUUUGCUCUGAAGUAGGCUACUAUUGAUGUGGUUUUAUGUAAAAUUAUUUGAUACUCCUUAACAUUUUUUACUCUUCAUUACUGUUCAACCCCAUAAGGGAUUGCAUAUGGAGAAAAAUUGUUACUCCAUGGCUA